UAAAAUGUUUGAAAUACAAGUGUCAAUAGUCAUUUGUAUACGAAAACGCAAGUUUAUAAAAUGUUUUUAAAAUUUAAUAAAUUUUUUUUAAAUAUAAUAUUUAUUAUAUUAUGUAUUUUUAAUAUAAUAUCAAUAGCAAUUGGCGAAUGUUUUAUAAAUUUCGAUAAUGAUAUUGUCUUGAGGCCAACAAUUUUAUUAAAGGUCGGUUCUCAUAGCGUUGAUUUACCAUUAAAAGAUGUGGAUACCCAUUUAAAGUUGUUUGAAAACCAAGUAAUAGAAGCACUAUGUCCUACGAAAUUUGAAUAUCCCGAAUCAUACAAUACCAAGAGUAAACUUAAUAUUAAGUGUGAAAAUAAUUAUUUAUAUUCACAAAAUAAUUAUGGCGGUUAUGAACGUUACUCAAGAGACAUUUUUUUAAAGUGUUCAUCCCUAAAAUGGAAUUUAUAUGAAACCAUUAACAAUUUUGUUUGGUGUCCAUCAAAUGUAACUUCCUAUCUUUUGGCCAGACCAACAGAAUCUUUAACAUCAAAUUAUCAAUAUUUGGCUGGCCUUUGUUAUGACACCCAUAAUCUCUCCUUUAAAUCCUUGUACUAUACAAUCACACCGAAACAUUCGGAAUCGUUGCAUCCAACUGCUUUGAACAACCUUUAUACACCCAGCUUGCAAUUGGAAUAUCUAAAGGAAACGUUUGCGUUAAAAAGUGUAAAUGAAACUGAAUACGAUAAUCAGGACAUUCAAGAUUGGAUCAAAUAUUCACAAUAUAACUAUAGUUCCAUUAUACAGAAUUCACUUCUGUAUAAUGAAUUUAAUCAUGAAUUGGGUUCUAUAUUAGAUCUAGCUUGGUGGCCUAAUUUACGUUUAGGCAAUUGGAAACGUUACGAAAAUGCCCUGACAAAACAAGUCGAAGAACAACAACAGGCAUAUGAUAUUUUAUCGGGUGUAUCGGGCGUCGCAACGGCACCCAUCCUUAAAGCUUGCGAAAGCAAUUUUACAUUAAAGGAAUUGAUUGACAAUAGAAAUCGUAUAAUACCAAUGUAUGUGUGGAAUUAUUUACGAUCGACUAGCAAUAGUUCUGAUGAAAUUGUAAUCAUUGGUUUUAAUUCGCCAUUUUAUGAGUUUUAUUCGGAAAAUGAUGUUAUAUUUUGUGUAGACAAAUGUCAAGAGAUUCCUUGGUUGAAAAGUGUCAGUACAACUUUUCGUUAUAGCGCUAUGGGUGUCAUUUUCUGUUGCAGUGUCGAGGAUGUUAAAGUAUCACAACGUUUGGAUGGUUUUCCUGUAAACAAUAUGGAUACUGCUCCCGGAAAAGUUAUACAUAAUAUUUCUGUAGAUGGUACAACUGCUCUACCUGAAUAUUAUAAUCAAUAUCUGGCUUUUAUUUAGUGGUCCCCUUGAGAAAUUUAUUUAAUUUCGCGGACCGUCAUACAUAUUUUGAUAUCUAAUUGUUGUAAAUGAUUGUUCUUCCAAAAAUUGUGUUUCUUCUAUAGACCAUCACAAGGUCGAAUAAAAAUUUGAAAAAAAAAAUUACUUCUUUGAUGGAA